AUGAUAUCAAAUGAAGAGCAAAAGAAAUCAAACGAUGCAGAUGUGUUGGAGGCCGUUCUCCAUCAUGUGGGAGACAUGGGACGAUAUCAGAAACUUCUGUUCCUGGCGAUGUUGCCGUUCGGCUUCUUUUUCGCAUUCAUUUAUUUCGUGCAGAUGUUUAUUGCCGUCACCCCAUCUAAUCAUUGGUGUAAGAUUCCAGAGCUACAGCACCUAGAUUUGGAAAUAAGACGGAAUCUCUCAGCUCCCGGUGCAACAUCAGGGGGCAAUUGGGAGAGUUGCAAAACUUUCGAUGUAAACUGGACCAAGAUCCUGGAGACAAUGGAGCCUCCAGUUGAAGACACACCAAUGAUACCGUGUCCCCAUGGCUGGGAUUUUGAGCUCAGUGAUAUCCCGUACCACACGGUUGUUAGUGAGAGAGGCUGGGUUUGUCAGUAUGACAGCUAUGCACCGACUGCACAGGCGGUAUUUUUCGCUGGCGCUUUCGUAGGUGGUCUUUUCUUUGGUUGGCUUGCUGAUAAUUUUGGGAGAAUACCUGCUUUAAUAGGAGCGAAUUUGAUCGGCGCUGUGGGAGGUCUCGCUACUAUUUACACAACCGAAGUUUGGGAUUUCAUCCUUUGCAGGUUUCUUGUCGGCAUGUCCUUCGACAAUGCCUUCAUGAUGAUGUACAUUUUAGUCCUGGAGUACGUGGGUGCAAAGCACCGUACGUGGGUGGCUAAUAUGUCAAUUGCCCUAUACUUUGGUGGUGGGUGUCUGUCUCUGCCAUGGAUUGCACUUUGGCUUAACGACUGGCGUAAGCUCCUGUGGUUCACAUCAUUGCCCAUGCUUUGCGUCAUAUUCGUGCCUUUCUUCGUGCCAGAGAGUGCCAGAUGGAUGGUGAGCCGUGGUCGUGUCAGUCAAGCUGUGACGGUUUUGAGAAGGUUCGAACGAGUAAAUGGCACAAAAAUUCCCGAUGAUGUCAUGGAUGAAUUUAUUGUUUCGUCGAACCAAAUAAAACAGAAUAGGGAAUCCUUCUUGGUUCUCUUUAGAAACGCGGCCAUCCGUAACUCUAUGCUGCUCAUGCUAUUGGUGUAUAUCGCCUGCUCCAUCAUUUUUGAUGGCCUUGUGCGGUUGUCCAACGCUUUCGGGUUGGACUUUUUUAUCACAUUCACGUUGACAUCGGCUACGGAGAUCCCAUCUGUCUCUUUAUUAACGAUACUGCUAGACAGAUGGGGACGUAGGAAUCUAACAGCUGUCCCGAUGGGUCUAUGUGGUAUAAUGAUAGUCAUUUCCCUAUUCGUACCUAAAGGUAUACCUCAAGCAUCCUUGGCGAUAGCUGCAAGGUUCUGCAUCAAUAUGUCAUAUAAUGCAGUGAUCCAAUGGGUGACUGAGUUGCUCCCAACGCCUGUGAGAGCGAGUGGAUCUGCCACUUUGCACAUGAGUGGAUAUAUUGCUACUGUCUUGUCGCCGUUUAUUGUGUAUUCGGAGAUCACCUGGUCAUUGCUGCCGCUUUUAAUUCUGGGUAUCACUGCAAUAGUUGGCUCUGGUAUGAGCAUUAUGUUACCAGAGACGAAGGGUCUUCCCAUGCCUCAGUCCUUGGCGGACAGUGAGAGAAUCAUUAGAGAAAGAUCAUUGUGCGGGAAACCAGUAGACGUAGAAGAUGUCGAAUACGAACACGAGAACGAGAAAUCUUUUAUCACGUAA